UAUUCCUUAUUAAAAUGGAUCAUUCUUACUUUGGAAUCAAAAGACAAACAGGCACAUGCCAAUGAUGAUUUUGAAAAAGGAUUGAGUGUUUUAAAGUGUGAAAUACAUGAAAUUCGAACGGCCGAAAUGAUCCACCAAAAUGUGUACGACGAGGGCGUUGAAUUUUUAAGCCAAUGCAACACCUACAGGCAAACACAAGAUUCUAACAUACGAGAUGAUGUGUUAGAUAGAAUUUUUAAAUCUUUAAAAAUGAAGGUUAACAGUGCCAAGAGCAUACUCUUUUAUGUAAAUCAAUUGACGAUUUCUCAGCGAUCGCUUGCAAAGUUAACUCAAGAGCUGCAAGAAAUAAAGGUUCAAAUAGUACAACAUCAACAAGAGCCUGAAAACUCGAAAAAGUUUCUUUAUGAACAGAUAGAACAGAAUAGUAAAAUUUUAAAAACAAGAGAUCGAAAUGAAGCUGUUAUUUAUCAAGCUCAACUUGGAAGCGCCACUAAUAUUCGUUGGAGUGAUGAUACCUUUAACAAUCCUAUUCAGCUGACAAAGGCAAUUGAAAAAUUACACCAAAAGGUUGACAAUUUUACUAAAGUUAAGGGGAAAUACUAUGUUAUAAAUGAAAAGUCGGCAUUAUGUUUAUUGGAAAAAUACGAAAGCAAAAUUCGCAUGGUUGAUGAAGGCUUCAAAUUAUUGGUAAAUUUUGCACUUCAAAGAAUGAUACUUGAACUGAUUUUUAAUGCCGCUGAUGAAUUGUAUAAAGACUCUGAACGGGAUAAAAUAUUAUACUGA